AUGAAAGACACCACACCUUCUCCCGAUCUAUUACAAGGCCCAACCACAAUCCCUGUCCAGGAAUGUAACAACAGCAAACAGAUUGAGGCAGCCAUCGACAUUAUACAACAAAGCGCAUCCCAAUUCUACUGCGCUCUCCGUGAUCGAGCAAAGCUGUUAGCUACCAGUGCCCAGUUUGAAGCCGCGUUACGCGAUGCAGCCGCGAUGCAGAGAAUACGACCCACUUCAGCCCUUGGUUAUCUAUGUGAAGGCGAUGUUUAUUGUCAACAAGGUCGUGCUGAAGAUGCUGUGGCCAUAUACACAAAGGGACUUGACGCAUCAUCAUCAUCAUCAUCAUCAUCAUCCGAUCCGCAUUAUCAUGAGCUUCAGCAGCAACGCAUAGCAGCAAAGACGAUGAGCAACAAUCGUAUCAACUUUAUCAGCCAAUUGCCUAUAGACGUGGUAUCCACCUAUAUCAUACCAAGAUUCAUGCUCACCGUAUUAUCAUCCACGGGAUAUUGUCUUUGUCUCCAUGUGUCCGAUCCUUGGCAGCAACGUAUACCCCAACAUGGUUCAAUCUUUGAGGUGGACUAUGAGAUUCGUACAUUCCGUAAAGGCCAUGAACAGCUUGUUCGAUUUGCUCUCUACUUCAAGUUGCUGGAUCUCAUUCUAGGCAGUGAAGCGAACAAAUCUCAAUUGAAAGGUUUGGCUAUGGUGGCAAAUACAUGGACACACACUUGGAUGUUGGCUACAAUCCAUCGCUCCGUCUCGUUGCAAACCUGCCCCAAUUUGAUUUUCUUGAAAUCCCACAACGCGAACGCCGUCAUACCAUCAUCCAUUGGAUCUUUGCAAUACCCUCGAUUGACCCAUCUUGGAUUACACAACUUUUCUGAAGAGAGCAUUGCAAAGAACAACCUGGUCGGUGUAUGGAGCCUAUUUUUGGUGUCGUUUGAGAUUUCGGCUAUGCCCAAGGAUUCACGCAUCUCGCCUCUUUUAUCUCAGCAACGUCCACACCUAAGAACGAUCUCCGUAUGGCCGUGA